CGGACCUAAGGCAAGGUUUGGGAUUCACAAAAGCGUGCGUAAAUGUUGUUAUGGAGUAUUUUUACGUGAGUGCGUUUCCUCUCAUAGCGUAGCGCUGCGAUCUACGUAUCUGGGUGGGAUUUUAUCGUUGAGUUGCAGACUGGGUGGUGCGUUAUUCAUUCCUCUGGAAACAUGGCGAAACGCAGAAUCGCGCAGGAGACGUUUGACUCGGUGGUGAGGGAGAACAUUGAGGAGUUCGACAUGGAGGAGAGUGAAGCUCUAAACGAAGCAAUCGAGCAGUUUGAGUCUCAGGGUGUGGAUCUGAGUAAUAUUGUCAAGGCGGUACCCAGAAAAUCUUCUGAAGCGACCACAGAUGCUCAAUCUCAUGAAGUCCUCCAGGCUCUACACUCCAUCAGAAGCGCAUUAGAGUCCCCGUCUACAUCCGUGUUGGAGAGUUUAAAGCAUUUCACGGAACAGUGUGCCGUCGGAUUUGCUCAACGAUACCUGGCCGCCCAAAAAGAUGCCUAUCCCACACUCCUCUCUUGCUGCCAAGCUGCUGGUGACGACAACAACGUGCUCUCCGCUUCUCUUGCAGCUCUUUCAGCGCUCAUGGACGGCCAGCCAGAUCUUCUGGAGGCAGAGGGUCGGGGCUUUCUGAUUGACAUAUGCAGCCACCAGGAGGAUCCGGCGCUGACCUGCCUGGUUAUCCGGACGGUGCGUCACUGCUGUCUGAAGCACGAGCAGAACAGGCAGGACCUGGUGAAGGCCGGGGUGAUUCGCCUACUCAUCAGUGUCAUAAAACGGCAUAUGGAGCGGCCCGAGGUGGUCAAAGAGGCCUGCAUUGUUCUUAGAGUCUUGACCUUUGAUGAUGACGUGCGGGUUCCUUUCGGCCACUCGCACGAACACGCCAAAAUGAUCGUAUUGGAGCACAAUGGACUCAAGGUCAUUGUAGAUGUUGCGAAAGCCCAUCCCGAGAACGUGCCGGUCCUCAGGGAGCUGUGUGCCACUCUGUCCCGCCUCGCUGUAAGGAACGAGUUCUGCCAGGAAAUUGUGGAUUUGGGAGGACUGAAGUUCAUGAUGACGCUGCUAGCGGACAGCUUGGACUGUCAGGACCUUGCAAAGCAGGUGUUGAGUGCGAUGCGGGCGAUCGCAGGAAAUGAUGACGUCAAAGACGGCAUUGUGGAAGCAGGCGGGACGGAGCUUAUUGUCAUGGCGGUAAACCGACACAUAAAUAAUACACAGGUGUGUGAACAAGGCUGUGCCGCUCUCAGUGUGCUCGCUCUGCGCAAACCCGGAAACUGCAAAGUCAUCAUGGAGAGCGGAGGAGCUCAGGCCGCACUGCAGGCCAUGAAAACGCAUCCAGGGAACAUUAACGUGCAGAAACAGUCGUGUAUGCUGUUCAGAAACCUGGUUGCAAGAACACGCGAUUUCAGUCAGCCUAUUCUGGAAAUGGGAGCCGAAGCUCUGAUUGGUCAGGCUCUGGCCUCACACCGGGACUGCGGUGACUUGGCGAAAGCUGCUCUCAGAGACCUGGGCUGUCAGGUGGAGCUGAGAGAACUGUGGACUGGCAAGAAAGGAAGCCUGACUAACUAAAAUGCCAACAAAGUGGAACCUCAAUUAAAAGCUUAGAGCACAAAUAGUCAAUCAGACACGUUGUUGUGAAUUCAAUUCAUUCCGUCAUUCGAUUGUCACUGCUGUGCCUAUUGUCUUUUUUUUGAGGAUUGAUGUGUCAGCAUUUUUAGGUAAACAUUUGUGCAUUCAGUUAUCUCAGUGCUAAUCCACUUGCUAUUUAAAGUAAUUGUAAUUAGUUAUUUCACAAUUAAAAAAAGACUGUGUAGACUUAAAUGACCGAGUACUCAGACCCUUUUUAAUGCACUGCUUAUAGAUUACUAAAAAUGCUGUUAGGAUGUCAAUAUUUGUGUUCUAAAUUUGGUUUUACACAUUUUUUUAAGGAAUAAAGUUUACACUGCA